AUGUUACCGGCUGGCGGUUUGACUCGGGGCCUCGUAGGGCUGGCUUUGGGGGCUGGGCUGUGUUAUUGUGCCUACAGAAUCCUAGCCGGUAAAGGCAGGGGGAAGAAGAAGGAGCUUGUGACAGGAGGAAGUUUACUGGAGAGAGUGUCCAACAUGACUGUAGUACAGAGUGUUCAGUCAGGAGGUGCAGUCCAGAUGGAAAACAUCCCUACGUCAGCCAGUAACUUGGAACCACACCAUCUGAAAGCACUCCUUGAAAUGCUUGAGAGCAAUGUUAAUGAUUCUUCAGUUCUCAAGCAGGCCUUAGUUACACUGUGUAACAGUGCAGCUUUCUCAGCUAAGCAUGACAUCAUUCGAAAUUUCAAUGGCAUUAAGAUAAUCGGGAGAUUCCUUUUGCAUCCAUGUCCAAUUAUAAAGACAAAAGCAUUGAAUGCACUCAACAAUUUAAGUAUGAACUUGAAAAAUCAGGAACAGAUAAAGGAUUUCCUCUGUGAUGUAUGUAAUGAAAUUAAAUCAUCAUCAUUGAAUUCUGAAGUGCAACUGGCUGGUUUAAGAUUAGCAAUUAAUAUGUCAGUCACCAAUAACUACCAUGAAUACCUGGUAGAUUACAUCCCCUGCUUUUUCACUCUAUUGGUGGAUGGAGAAGAAGCUACCAAGAUGCAUACUUUAAAGGUUCUUGUGAAUUUAUCAGCAAACCUUUCGAUGACCACAGCUCUCUUAUCUAGCAAGGCACCGGCAUCGCUAUCCAAUCUCUUUGGCAGCAAAACUAAUAGGGACAUUCUUAUCAGAGCUAUGACAUUUGCUGCAAAUCUUUCGGAGAACUUGGACAGACAACAGCAUAGUAAUGGACAAUGUCAUUACGAAGAGAACUCUUUAUAUGCCCUUCUCUUCAGAGGCCAGACAGUGUUCCAGAGAAAUCUGGUAGCAUUAUUACAGCAUCCAGAUAAAGACAUCAAAGAACACGUGGCUAGAUUUGUAUGUCCUCAGAAACUUAAUUAA